AUGCUAUCAUGGGCAUUCAUUCAGUACGAGUCCAAUAUCCAAGCUUGUGGUCUAACUCAACUAUAUUUGGACGACCUCAAGUGGGGCAUGGAUUGGCUGAUCGCAUGUCAUGUCAGUGACAAUGUGAUGGUUGGUCAGGUUGGUUCAGGAUACCAAGAUCACUCAUGGUGGGGUCCACCCGAGCUCAACACAAUGAAGCGUCAGGUGUACUACUUGAACACUUCAUCGCCAGGUACUGAGGUGGCAAUGGAGGCAUCUGCAGCACUGUCUGCAGCAUCUAUAAUCUGGAAGAGCCGUGACCCCACCUACUCAAGCCUGCUACUGUCCCAUGCCAAGUCACUACACACGUUUGGAGACACAUACCGAGGUAUCUACACCAAGUCCAUCCCAGACGCUCAAUCAUUUUACGACUCAUACUCUGGAUUCAACGAUGAGAUAGUUUGGGGAACAAUUUGGUUGUACAAGGCUUCAGGUGAUCCUGCACUACUUACCAAGGCCAAGUCAGACUAUGUUACCUUUGGCAUCGGUGCAAUGGGCAAGGGUAACUCACAUGACUGGGAUCUCAAGGCACCUGGAGUCAGUCUACUCAUGUCGCAGGUGAUUGGUGGCACACCCUACACUGCAGACACUGAAGGAUUCCUUAAUUAUUGGUUGCCAGGAGGUGGUGUACCCUACACACCAGGUGGUCUUGCAUGGAUUAGACAAUGGGGACCUUGCAGAUACUCGGCAACAGCAGCAUUCCUCGCGUCAGUAUAUGGUGGGGUCAAGUACACAACAUUCACACAAGCUCAGAUCAAGUACAUGCUAGGUGAUAACCCCAAUCAACAAUCAUUCGUAGUUGGAAUUGGCUCCAAACAUCCCAUCAAUCCCCAUCAUUCUGCUGCACAUCAUUCUUUGACCGACAGUAUGAAUGAUCCUAUCAACAAUGUGUAUUUGAUCAAGGGUGCACUGGUCGGUGGACCCUCGCUCAAUGAUAGUUAUCUAGAUGACCGUGCAGAUUACAUUAGGAAUGAGGUGGCAUUGGAUUAUAAUGCUGGAUUUUGUUGGUGCACUUGCAUUCAUGGUUAA